AUGUCAACCGUGUUCCGCACAUACAAAAGACGUUGGAUCUAUCUGUUGGCUACGUGCUUAGUCAAUUUUUCCAAUGGGAACACCUGGAUCACGUACUCGUCUAUCACAUUCUAUACUAACGAGUUUUAUGAUAACACGAAUGCUGCCUUGUUCUUCAAUGUGAUAUUUCUGGCUCUGUCGAUCCCGGUGGGGCUUCUGGCGUGCUGGUGGACGGAUCGAUUUGGCUUGCGAUCUGCAUUUCACAUUGGAGCCUGGACAAACUUUAUCGGUAACGUAAUAAGAUUCGCUGGAUCAGGCGAAUGGGUGUCAAAGAAUGUGCGAUUUCCGUUGUCUUUUGCUGGCCAAACUGUGGUUGCGUUUGCACAACCAUUCGUUAUGUUCCUUCCGACAAAGCUGGCGGCAAAUUGGUUCCCUCAAAACCAGCGAGCUAUUGCUAAUACUCUUUCUUCAAUGUCGAAUCCAGUUGGUAUUGCUGUGAUGUACUCAGUUGCUCCGUUAAUUGUUAACGGAUCUCGUCCUGCAGCGUUUCCUCUCUUGACAGGAGUUUGUGCGACAUUGGCUACUCUUACUGUAUUCAUUGCUUUGUUCAUUACUAGAUCAAAACCUCCCACUCCAGUUGGUCCUUCGUGUGAUUCGAAAAUCAAAAUACCUUUUUUGGAUGGUGUUAAACUAUGCAUAAGGAACAAGACAUAUUUGGUGCUCGCCGUUUGUUUGGGGGGCGGUAUUGGACUGUUCAAUACUUUGUAUACCAACCUGCAACCAACAUUAUGUGUCAUUGGGUAUUCCUCUUCGUUCAGUGGAGGUGUGGGAACACUGUUGAUCAUGAGUGGACUUAUUGGGGCUGCCAUCGUUGGAGUAUACGUUGAUAGAACUGGAAACUUCGAACAGGCAAUGAAACUUACAUUUUUAAUUGCGGGAAUCGCAGCAUGCUCAUUAGCAAUAUCAGUUAACUACGAAGAUGAGGAAGGGUGGGUGGCGGCGUCCAUAUUUCUGUUUGGUGCAUUUGGUUUUAGUGUAUAUCCUGUUGGUCUUGAAAUGGGUGUGGAAGCGACGUUUCCUGUAGCUGAAGCUACUUCUACGGGACUUAUCAUUAUGAUGGGUCAAAUCCAAGGAGUAAUCUAUGUAGUACUCACUAAUAUAUUUGUUGAAAAACCCAAUAAUCAUCAGUUGGCGGUGCAGACAUGUGCUGAUGGAAAUUCAGAUCUCAGAACUGUAGUCACGUGGAGCGUUCCAUUUCUGGUCUGGGUCGGAUGUCUUGGCUUACUAAUUAUUGUAUUUGUUACGUUUUUCUGGCCCAGCUAUCGACGAAGAGAUUACGAAACUAAUAGGACUAUAAAAAAAUGCAAGGAAAUUACAUAG